GGCAGACAUUUUCACGAAACCCCUUAGUAGGGAGAGUUUCUUCCACAUUCGGAACGAACUUGGAAUUUUGGAUAUCUCUAUGAACUAAUCCAUUCUUUUUAUUGACUAUACUAAUUUGAGCGUCGGAGGCGCGAUAAAUUUUUUUUGCAGGACCUGCCAAAUGUUCCAGUCCAACGGCUUAUCCAUGGAUCGUGUUAAACUGUCGCUCUUUCCCUUUUCCCUUCGGUAUCGGGCAGCUAGAUGGUUAAAUACAUUCCCUGAUGGCCACUUCAAGACCUGGGAGGCGUUGCACCAGGCAUUCAUGCACGAAUAUUUUCCACCAUCUGCUAUGGUGAAAAUAAACUCCAUCCAAAACUUCCGUCAAGCACCUAUGGAAUCGAUGUGCGAAGCAUGGGAAAGAUUCAAGGAAUUGAAGGUUAAAUGCCCACCUGCUCUAAUUGAUUCCGAUAGUUUGAUGUUCUACUUUUACCAAGGCUUAACGGUACCAUCUAAGAAGGAAUUGGACCACUCUUUUAAACUUGGUUCUUUUCUAGAGAUGACACCUGAGGAGAAUGAGGAGUUAGUAGAUAGACUAACGUCAAAUGCUAAAUAUUGGUAUGAAGACCGAGCUCCUCCUCCUAAAGCUGGCAUGUAUGAAGUAGACCAAUUCACAGCCCUCAAGGCUAGUAUGGAGAGCAUCGUGAAACAAACUAUCAAGGAACACCUAGGAGCUUCCCAUCCACGUCCUAACUUGUAUACUGAACCGGUGAAUCAAGCUGAAAUCUAUGGUUCUGGUAGUCACCACCAGUCCGAUCUAGUCUUGUCUUGUGAGCACUGCUCUCAAAAUCAUCUUUCCUCUGCUUGUCCCUUGAUUGAACCACCCCCUCCGAGUAAGGCUAAAGACGUUAAUCUAGCACAAUAUGCGAAUAAAGGGGAAGGACCUUGGGCCCAGAACAAUCAAGAGCAAUGGCGGGAGAGAAACAACUUUUCUAGAAACAAUCGUCUUAGGGAUGACUAUAAACAAGAGUCGUUGGUAGUCGCCUGGGGUAUAUCAGAACCAAACCCAAGGGAGCAACUUUGGGCCAUAACUUUGAGAAGUGGUAAAGAGCUUCAAGGCCCGGAAGUCGAAGCUGAUAUAGAAGAAGUCCCUGUGGAUACUUCUAUAGGAACAACCUCUCAAAAGAAGUCUGAAUCCACACCCCAAGAGACGAGGAGGGAAGAAACCCCCUCCAGCCAACCCCAACUAGCUAGACAAACUCAGCUAAACACUAUUCCCUUCCCUACUAGGGUUAAAAAGAGCAAGGACGAGAAAGCUUUCCAAAAGUUUCUCGACGUCAUUGGCCAAGUUGAGGUCAAAAUGCCCUUGGUAGAUGUGUUAACUAAAAUGCCCAAAUACGACCCAGCUGAGUUCUGCAACUCAGUUAAAGUCAUAAAAGAUAAAGGGUCUGUAGAAGAUCUUCUAAGCCUAGAAAUUGCUUUUCAAGAACCUAAGUGUGAGGAGGUGUGUGUUAUCAAGACGCAAUCUGAACCCACAAACGAAGCAAAAUCUUUAGAACUUAAACCCUUACCAUCACACCUUGAGUACGCUUUCCUCGAUAGUGAGGGCCAGUGCCCUGUUGUCAUAGCCUCCGAUCUAACACCUGAUCAGAAGAAAAAAUUACUAGCUGUCCUCCGUAUGCACAAGCAAGCAAUUGCUUGGAAACUAGAGGAUAUUCAAGGAAUAAGCCCCGCUUAUUGCACACAUAAAAUAGCCAUUGAGGACGGAUUUGAACCAGUUGUGCAGGCUCAACGCAGGCCAGCAUUCCCGGCUGCUACGCGUGCCAAUGUUCACUUGGUGGGUUCAGGGCCCAUCGAGCGAUUUGAGAUGUGGGGCCGCCAUCGCUCAUUGACGGAGUCUGUGUACCUGUCCUCGGCAGUUCUCACCGAUUACGGAUACGCUGAGGAAAUGGAGCAGCUGCUACGAGGGACGAGGUGGCAUCGCCUCUUCACGAUGCGAGCUGAGUCCAGCCUGCCACUAACGAUCGAGUUUCUGUGCUCUCUUGAGCUGGAGCCGUCUACGGGGUCACGGUCGAUGAACUUCCAGUCCAUCGACUCUCAUACCACCCUCACCUUCACUCUCUUGGGGCGGGGAUUUCAGCUGACGAUCGCCGAGCUGGCCACUCACUUGGGUCUUUACUCUCGGGAGGAGACGUUUUGGAUUCAGCCGACUUGGCGAAUCCUAUCUUUUGUGCUUUCGACGUCCUUCUUUGGGAGGCCGUUGAACACGGAUCGGGUAUACCCCGAUGACAUGAUGGUCUUCUGGAGCUUGCACACACGCCAAGAGGCGAAUGUGGCUGUCUUUGUGGCCCGAUUCCUCUACAGCCAGUCUAUGGGGAAUCGGACGCACAUUGUCUGUGGUUUCGUGGUCACCAUACUCUUCCGAUCACUCGAGGGGGCGGCGCCCAUUCCGCAGGCACAGAUGUUGAUGCGAGAUUUGGACGCGGGCAUGCUGAGGAAUGCUCACAUCCGUAGGAGGUUGGGAGCUAGCUCUACCGAGAGCAACGGUGCUUCUUCAUAUGCGCCCUCGACCUCAGGAGCAUCUUCGCAGGUCUCGUCUAGGAGAGCCACUCGUCGCCGUCCCACUUCUCAGGCCGCUCCAGCCACGACCCAGGCGGAUCCGACCCUUGAAUGGGCUAGGAGGAUCCUAGAGCAGCAGGAUACCAUCAUGCAGAGGAUGUCCGAAAUCGGACAGCAACAGGCAUCCCAGGCUGAGAGCUUUGCCCUGCUUCGGAGGACCUUUACUGGCUUUUACUCAGAUGUGCACAUUGGGCUCACCCCUCGCUCUCCUGAGGGCGACGAUCCAUCCGCUUCUGUUCCUCCCCCUUAGUGAUCUUCAUAUUAUUUUCCUUUGAAAACUAUUUCUCUUCGUUUAUGAGCAGGAAUUGAUGAUCAACUGGAUUGUUGGAACUUCUUAUUUUCCACCGGUAACAUUUACUUAUGCACUUGCUCUAUUUCUAUUUCAAUCAACUCCUUUUGAUUUA